CACUACGCGGGACGACGUGCUUCCUGAUUCUGCAGGAAGCAUGGGGAGUGUAGUCCUCACAGGGCACAGCCAGCUCACGCCGAGGACGCUGCCCGCUCUCCGUGUGGAGCACAAGACCCGGCCUCCUGCUGUCAGAGGGGGAUGCACACAGUCCAGAGACUCAUGAAGGUUUUCAUCAGCAGGCGCAUCCCGCCGGAGGGGAUGAGGAUCCUGUCGCAGGCCGCAGAAUGUAAGGUGUCUCUGUGGGACUCUGACGAGCCUCUGCCCAGGUCAGAGCUCCUGAAAGGUGUGGAGGGAGCUCAUGGACUCCUGUGCCUGCUCUCUGACAAGAUCGACGCUGAGGUUCUGGAUGCUGCAGGGCCCGACCUGAAGGUGAUCAGCACGCUCUCAGUGGGAUUUGACCACUUGGCCCUCGAUGAGAUUAAAAAACGCGGCAUACGUGUGGGCUACACUCCUGACGUCCUGACUGAUGCCACGGCAGAGCUGACCGUGGCUCUGCUCCUGGCCACGUCACGCAGAAUCCCAGAGGGGGUGGAGGAGGUCAAGAAUGGUGGCUGGAGUACAUGGAAGCCGCUGUGGCUCUGUGGUUAUGGUCUCUCUGGCAGCACAGUGGGAGUUAUUGGACUGGGACGCAUAGGUCUGGCCAUCGCCAAGAGGCUCAAACCCUUUGGCGUGAAGAGGCUGCUGUACUCGGGCAGAACAGUCAAGCCCCAAGCUGCCGAGGUGGACGGAGAGUUCGUCCCGCUGGACACGCUAUUGUCCGAGAGUGACUUUGUGGUGGUUUCCUGCUCCCUCACACCGGAAACCCAGAAUCUGUGUGAUAAGGCCUUCUUCAGCAAGAUGAAGAACACCAGCAUCUUUAUCAACACAAGCAGGGGGAGUGUGGUGAACCAGGAGGACCUCUACCAGGCUUUGACCAGCGGUCAGAUCGCUGCCGCUGGACUUGAUGUCACAACACCUGAGCCUCUUCCAACAAACCACCCCCUCCUCACACUUAAAAACUGUGUGGUGUUGCCACACAUCGGCAGUGCUACCUACUCCACAAGAGGCGUCAUGGCAGACCUGGCAGCCCGAAACCUGCUGGCUGGCUUGCAGGGCACUGACAUGCCCAGUGAGCUCAGGUUCUAGAGCUUCGCACCAAGCCGCUGGGCCUGCUGCGUCCUCUGGUACCCCCUGGAUAUGAUGAACCCCAAACCACAAAACAUAAUUACUAAAUUUAUAGGAAUGGUCUCCUAUUUGAAGUCAAAGUGGUGAAAUGAUGCAAAAAUAUGUUUUGACCAUGAGAACUAAGAAUACUGAUGUAGCUCAGACAUACUCUAAUGAACCUUUACCUUAAGUGUGAAGGUUGAAGUUAUGUUCCUUUGACCCUUUAUAGUUACUAAUGGAUUUUACCAUUAAUACAGAAAUACAACUUGUAUUUUCUGAGGUAGAAAAUGCACAGUACAAGCCUCUCUAAUUUGAAACCACUGAAGCACAGCCUAAUGAAGUAACAACACUCCUGAACAGUGGUCCUUAACGAAAAACACUUGAAUGCUCAGUCUUCUAUGGAGGACUGCAGUUGCAGUACACAAGCCUUAUUCUUGCACAUAUGCAAUAUGUGCACAUUUUUAAACAUUUCCUAUAGAAUAGGAUUUCCUAUAGAAUAGGAUUGGCUGUUUGUGCUCCUCUCUUUCCAAUUGUAAUAUUUGCCAUAAAAUGACUCCUCAUUCAGUACUGUAUAAUGAUCAUUAGUGCUUCAUGGCUGUUAGAAAUCAGGAGAUCACUCUGUUUUUUUCCCUGAGGAAUCAACAUGAGCAUUAAAUGUAAAGAUUGGUGUUUGCUUGAUAAUUUCUUGAUGCCCAAAUAAAAAAGGAAAUAAUUCAACU